AUGACCAUGAGAAAGCAACGUUUCACCACCACUCUUCUCCUUCUAUCACUUCUUUGUAUCCUUUCCUUUUGGUCAUGGUGGUUGAAUUAUCACAUUAUUCUUGCCAAUAGUAAUGACUUGAACUAUGAGAAUCGUGAUUUCAUGAAUGUUCCAUUGAAUGAUGCUCCCUCAAAGACGUCUUUUUCAACCAAUGACCGUGACGCAUCCACUCCAUUCACACCCUCAAACAUUGACCGUUCACAAGAAGAAUCUAAUGAUGAAUUACAUAAUGUGAAAUUCCAAGAAUCACAACAGUCUGUAGAUUCCUCUUCAAAUGUACUCGACACUGAUUCUACGACUGUCACAAACUCGAUGGAUUCUGAAACAGUUAUAACUUCUUCCAAAACCCAUUUACUCUGGCUUGAAGAUGCACUAUUGAAUCAGAAUCGACCUUGUGUGGCACAAGCAGUCAAGACUGAACUCGUCCGAAACGCCAUCCAGCAUUUGAAAGCUCUCAAUAAUUUCUCCACACAAGACGAAGAGGUGAUUCUUCAUCUAUUGAAUCAAUACCUCACUCAGAAAUGUAUGUCUGUUCCUAACUUUUUCACACUCAUGAAUACUCAAUUGAGAGAGAAUGAUUUGUACAAGAUCUCAUCAUCCGUUGACUCUAUUCAUAGUAAGAGAAAACUUCGAAUCAAACAAAUCAAACAAUCCAUUCUGUACUCACUCUUAGAACGACAUUCUCAGAGUUUAUUAUUUGGAAAUUCCACACUCUUUACCAAAUUGAUCAGUGAGGCCAAUGGAUUGAAAGAUCUUCAACAACCAUUAGGUCCUUCUCUGAAAUCCACUCUUCUCAAUGUUCUCUCUCGAGUAUUGAAUCGUGGUGGUCAACAUCAUCAAGAUACCAUUCAUAGUGGAAGUGCAAAUAUCAUUCAUGCACCUGUCAAACUCAUUCAAGCUCUCGUGUCAUCUGAAAAGGAUUCACAUCAUCGAGAUGGUAAUAGUCGUGGACUUCCCACCUCAUGUAAAUACAUUCUAUUUGAACAACAAGUGUUUAAUGAGGCCAUUCAGUUUUUCUCGAAACGAAUUUCACAGAGAGGACGAGAAGUUUCAUUGCAAUUUUACAAUUCAGAAGUGAAUCCUACAGAUGUGGCAUUGCUAUGCUCUGGAAAGGGUGGUCGUGUAGGAAAUGUCGAUCUCUAUGAAGAGUUGAGAAGAUGGUUUUCUGGAAGACGACAUUUGAUCGAUGAAAUGAUUGUGUGGCAACAAUCAUUUCAAACAACGUCGUUCCCAACAGCAACAACCACAAUUCCCAUCGUCACUGAGCAACAACCAUCGACUGUAGAGUCUUCAACGUUACAGCAAAAAACUGAAGAAGCAACACCUACCAUUGGUAGUGAAAUUCCAAGUGAAAAAAUUGAAGAACCUUCACAAUUUACAACACGGCAGGAUCAUGUUGAAGUGAAACCUUCAUUCUUGGAGGAGAGUAAUGUUUCACAACAGCAAGAAAUUCCCAUCUAUGAAACUCGAAAGCCAUCCAUUUCUACUGUUAUUGGAAAAGAAGGAGCUCCUUCAGUGGUUCAACCGCCAGUUCAAGAAGAACAACCAUAUAUUACAACUGUCACACAACCUUCAACUGCUUUUGAAGCAAAAGAUCAAGAAUCUGAAUAUUAUGCCACGAUUAGACCAUUUCACAAAGAAGAACCUAUUUUGACUCAUCCUCGAAUGUCACCAAUCAUUUCACAAUUUACUCGAACAUCCUCACCCAUGGUCUCACAAUUUCCACUCUUUCACUCCAUCUUGGAUGUAUUCACCAUUCCCUUGUCAUUGAAAAGAGCUAAUUCUAUUAUCACAUUUUAUUAUUUGAAAUUGGUAGAAAAAGUUUAUCACAUGAUGUGUCUGAAUUGCGCUCCCUAUCAAACCCUUAGUGUUCUACAUUUGGAAAGUCCUGGAUUAGAAUUCUUGGCUCAUUUUGUGACCAUCUUCUCCAGUUUGGUAUUUCUAAUCCUGUUUGUGGAUCAUUUGAAUAUUAUUUCAUUCACUCUCUUUUGCUUCUCCUUCUUGGCAUUGAAUGUGAGAAAUUUGUUAUCAUUUAAUAGUUUAGUGGAUGUCCAUGGAGUGGAAUUCCCUUCUGGUGUGACGAGUUUGAAGGCAACCACGUCAAUUCCAACACAUGCAAUUUCUCCAUCUCUAUUGAGAGCUCAAUUUAACACUCCAUUUUCCUUAUUCUCACUAUAUAGCUCUGUUGCAGACAAAACUUUGUUUGGAAUGAUGCAUUUCUUGUACCUUCCUUUAUUGUCACUGGCAUUUGACAAGAAAGAUUCGUCCUUAAUAUUUAAAGCUUGCAUUCUAGUUGCUGCAAGUGCAACCUUGAUGGAGCAAGUAGACAUUGUGUUUUACACGUUUUUCAAACAUAUGGCUUUGGUAUUGCUGUUGGCAGGAGUGGCACGACAUUUAGUCACAACCAUUGGAUACACUCUCUUUUAUGAAUUGUAUUCAUUGAUUUCCUAUGAUUUGAUUUUGGAUAAGGCCAUCUUCCAAAUUCCUGAACCAUUCACAGAGGAAGAUCGAAAAGAAUUGUCACAAGUCGCUCAUCCAAAAUCGAAAGUAGUCAUUUCCAUCGAUGCUCGUGAUGAAAAUCCAUUGAUUAUUGAGGCACAAGCAGUAGCAGAGAGUGGAACUGCUUCGACCAUCCUACAUAGUGAGAUUGACACGAAUGAAUUCGAGAAUCUACCAUAUGAACAGAAAGCUGAAAGGCGAUAUGCUGAGGAGCAAAUCGAAAUUUUAGAACAAGAUUUAAAACAUAAUUUGGGAAUUGAUGAGGAAGAUCAAGAAUCACGACCAUCCAUUGAAAUGGCCAAUGUAUUGGCCUAA